UUGAUAUGUUUAUAGGAACUGGAGUCGCCCGCGCUACUCUCCGAUUGCCAGUUGAAACGCAUUAGCGGCUCUCUCCCUUGAUUAUAAGAAGCGCAGACGGAGAGUCGGGGCGCGCUAUGGCCUCUAAAGAGACCACCGCUGCAGGUUUCGUUCCUGUUGGCAGGGAAAACACAGAGAGCAUCAGGAGGCUCAUUGAUAAACAAUCUAUCAAGUUUGUGCGAGCUGUAAAGCAGGACACCAAGCACGGCAAAUCAGAGGACAGGAUACUGGUUCUGGCAACAUGGCGAAUGUAUCUAUUUGCUGUCAAAGUCCCCGCCAAGGUGGAGGUUACUUUCAACUUCCUGGAAAUUCGAGUAAUGAACACUUAUCCAGAUCAUCAGGUUGUCAUAGACACAGACAAAUCGACCCACUCCUUGAGACUGCAGUCACAAGACCACCUUGAUCACAUGAUGAACCAUAUCAACUUUGCCCUCUCACGAAUAUUCAAUAACUCCAUGUAUGCUCCGACCAUCUGCCGAGCAGAGGGGGACGUCUCUGAUGGAGUCCUCCAGUUUUCACCGGACUCCGAAUCAUCUGUAGAGACUCAGAGAACCUGUGGCGGUUUCUCUGAGACCUACGCAGCUCUGUGCGACUACAACGGCAUCGGCUGUAAGGAGGAAGUGCAGUGGGAUGUGGACACUAUCUAUCACUCUCAGGACAACAGGGAGUUCAACCUGCUGGACUUCAGCCACCUGGACAGCAGGGACCUGGCGGUGAUGGUGGCUUCCAUGGCGUACAACACUUGGUUCACCAAACUCUACUGCACAGACAUGCGCAUUGGGUCAGAGGUGGUGGAGCAGGUCCUUCACACCAUCAGUAAGUCCAGCAGUCUGGAGGAACUCACUCUGGAGAACGUUGGCCUCAAAUCAGACUUCCCUCAGAAAAUGGCGACAGCUCUGUCAGAGAAUCCUGCCUCUGCAAUCCACUCUCUCAACCUGGCCCACAACACCUUGGACAACCAAGGAGUGUCCAACCUCAUCCAGCUGGUGUGUCGUCUCAACAAAGGCCUUCGUCUGCUCAACCUCUCCAAGACGUCCCUCUCCUCCAAGGGAGUGAUGUCUCUCUCCCAGGCCCUCUGCUCCAGUGAUGACUACUCCAACUCUCUCCUUCACCUGGACCUGAGCAAAAACCCUGGGAUUCUGUCUGGGGAGGACGCCACGAACAUGUACCUGUUCCUAGCCCAGCCAAACUGUCUGGUUCAUUUGGACCUCUCUGGGACCGACUGCACUGUGGACUCGUUAUUCGGCGCUCUGUUGAGGGGAUGUUGUGUUGAUCUCGCUUACCUGAAUCUCUCCAAGAACUGCUUCUCUCACAGGAAAGUGAGGGAGACUCUUCCUGUCGUCAGACAGUUCUUCAGUUCAGCCUUCAGUCUUACGCACGUCAACCUGUCUUCCAUGAAGCUCCCUCCGGACACUCUGAGAGCUCUCUUCCUUGGCCUGUCUUCCAACCCUCACAUCAGUGACCUACACCUGGACCUCAGCUGCUGUGAGUUGAGGUCUGCUGGUGCUGGGGUGCUUCAGGAGCUGUUUCCCAGAGUGGCCUGUAUUGGCAGUCUGGACAUCUCAGACAACGGGUUGGAUGCUGAUCUGCUAGGGGUCAUCCCGGCCUUCUCCAGACACCCUUCCCUCAAACACUUGCUGCUGGGCAAGAACUUCAACCUCAAGGGCAGGGUGCUGGAUGAAAUUCUGCAGAAACUAGUGCAGUUAGUGCAGGAGGAAGAGUGUGCCCUGCAGUCCCUCUCUCUGGCGGACUCGCGCCUGCGCUCUCGGGGCACAGUGCUGGUGAACGCUCUGGGCAGUAACACCUGCCUGCGCAAGGUGGACCUGAGUGGGAACAGCCUGGAGGAUGCGGGGGCUAAGAUGCUCAGCAAAGCCCUGCAGAUCAACACCACACUCAGGAGUGUGACGUGGGAUCGCAAUAACACCACGGCUACAGGAUUCCAAGAUGUGGCUCGGGCCCUGGAACAUAACUUCACCCUGCAUUACAUGUCCAUCCCCCUCAAUGAUGUCACACAGGCUUACCGGAGUGCCCCUGAGAAGAUUGACCAAGCGCUGACCAAGAUCCAGCGUGCUCUGUUGAGGAACAACCAGACCCAGAGGUUCUCUCAGAAACAGGCACUUCGUCUGCACCAAGGCCUGGUCACCAGCACUGCUGAACAGGUGAUGGAGCGGCUGUGUGUGCGUGUGCAGCAGCAGGUGUGUGCUCUCCGAGGCUCAGAAGAAGGAGAGGAGUUGCAGGCUGCCAGACAGGUCCUGAAGGAGGCCAGAAACUCCCGUGCGCUCUAUCCAUCUCUGUGUGAGCUGGCCCAUGUUCUCUCAGUGGACGGGCCUGUCAGACAGAAACUGGACUCUCUAGCAGGAGAGCUGGCCAAGGCUGCUGAUAAGGAACUGCAGGUGAUAGUGGACUCCAUGGUGUCUCUGUGUCGGGAGCUGUGUCCCAUGUCCUCCUCCUCAGCUGAGCGACUCAACCCUCCGCUCUCCUCCGUCUCAGAACGUGUCUCCAUCCCUCGCUCCACCAUCCGCACCGCCCUGAUGGAGAGAGCGGCACAGGACAUCAACAGAGCCCUGGAGGACGUGAAGCUGUCGGUGGUCUCCUAUCUGACCAACUCCAUAGUGGAUCAGAUCCUUCAGGAGCUCUACACCACUCACAAAACCCUGCUGUGUCAGGUGUCCCAGGCGAAGCGUUUGGAUGACGCAGGGACAAGCAGGCGCACCAUCAGACAAUCCAGACUCACAGACUCACUGGACUUCCCCGACGAGGAAGGGCUGGGCAUGAACAUCGACACCAUCGCCAUCAAGAAACGUAGCUCCAGAACCAGAAGGAUUCGUCCGGUGUCAACCAGAUUGAGUCUUGGUGAUGAUCCCACCUCCUCCCCGACUCACUCUGGCCCCCUAUCCCGCUCAGCAUCAUGGGAGGAUCUGUACACCCUGCCUACCCAGGGUGCACCACUGCGCCACGUGACACAGGUCAGGCCACGGCCCCCGCGAAGGCACUGUCGAGGACAAGUCCCCGUGGAAACACACUGUUCAGAGAACGGAGGAGUCAACGUGAUGGAGGAUGGACUGCCGGAUUUCUAUACCAAGAGAGUCCUGCCUGACAGUCAGCUGUCACUACUCCAUCAAGCUCAGUCCCUGAGGAGGAAGAAGAGACGCAGUGUGCUGUCGAUCUUCUCCGGGUUCCGCAAGAAUCGCAGCUCCACCAUCUCCAAUCAGGAAACAGAUAGUGGCUCAGAGAACGUGUACUCUAUGAUUCAGCACCCUAAGGAUCGUGGGAAGGGAGAGGCCAUCAUUGAGGUGGGAGCCAAUGGGAGGAUGAUGCCGUCCCCUAGGUCCAUCCAGGGCACACCACUGCCUGGGAUGAGGGUGGGCAGGCCUAGCCCCCACUGCCUCACACAGAGACAGCCUUCAGAUCUGGUCGGGAUGGUAUACAAUUGUAUCGGAGCAGAAGACGAGGACUCAGACAGUAGCUUUGAGAUCAGACCAGUGGGCAGAGACACAGACAGACAGAAGGACACGCCGAUUGCAUCAGACACCCAGACAGAGUCCCGUGCCAAUGGACAUGCAAUGUCCUCCGCUUCUCUGACAGACAAACAGGCUGACAGACAGACUGACAGACAGACUGACAGACAGACAGAGCCAGUCUGUCAGGACCUGCCGAUACCCAGCACUCAGACAGACACACAGACGGAGGUGGAGAGACGGACAAAGGAGACAGAGGGGACAGAGUCCAUGGAGGACAGGAAGGAGGGUGCCCCCUGUGGACAGAAACCAGAACCCCCUUCUCAAAGCAGCAAGCCCAGCCUGGCCAGCAUUAAACAGAGACACCUGCAGGGAAGCUCCGAGAAAUCAACUGAUGGUAUAGGAUGGACAGAGGGAGACAGGGUAGAAGAGGAGAAUAAUGAAAAGAGGCGUGAGGGUGUGCAGAAAGCAAGAGGGGCAGAGGGGCAGCGGCCCCCCAUUCCUGAAAAGCCUGGUAGAGAUAAGACCUCUCCAAAGACACUGCCUCCUGUCACUCCGCCUGAGGAAACCACCAAUGAGAAGAAAACCACACCUCCUGUUCCGCCUGCCUCUGCCAAGCCCUCUUUUGAUUUGUCUCAAGCUCCUGUCAGUCAAGACGAAGGGACUAAUGAGAAGAAAAGCCUUCCUCCCGUGCCUCCUGCUUCUACCAAGCCUGUGUUUGACUCUCCUGAUCAUGCUGGUUGUCAAGAUGAGGAGGGAGGAAGAAAUGGUUGUCCGCUGAAGCCGCAUCGCAACAGGAAGGCAGACUCAUGUGACAUGGGUAUGUGUGAGGGCAUGGAACGGAAUAGCCCCAACGAUCUGGAGACGGGGUCCUCAGAUCGCAAACCCCCUGUGAAAAGACCCAGACUCCCAGAGAACAGAAACAGAUCUCUGGACUUCCCCAGGACUGUCUGUCCUGAUAGUCCAGAGCCCGCCAACGACAAUGGUAUGACGUCGUCAUAACAACAACAACAGACCGGAGGUGAAGACAACAUUCUGGACAACUGGAGGGAGAGGAGAGUGAAGAGAUGGAGAGAGAAGGGAAAUGAUGAACUUGAUCACCAUAGACCCAACUGUGGUUAUCCUCGUAUACAGUAUUCAUUUCCUUCAUUUUUACGAAACAUGCAUGUACACUCUGCUUUUUUCCUCCCUCAUACUUAGUUGCACUCGCCUUCAUUCCUUUGCAGAGGGCGCACACACACACACACACACACACACACACACACACACACACAUUUUUACCUUUAUAUUUGAGUUAUUUAGCCAACGCUCUUAUACACACACACACACACACACAUUUUUACCUUUAUAUUUGAGUUAUUUAGCCAACGCUCUUAUCCACACACACACACACACACACACACACACACACACACACACACACACACACACAUUUGUACCUUUAUAUUUGAGUUAUUUAGCCAACGCUCUUAUCCACACACACACACACACACACACACACACACACACACACACACACACACACACACACAUUUGUACCUUUAUAUUUGAGUUAUUUAGCCAACGCUCUUAUACACACACACACACACACACACACACACAUUUGUACCUUUAUAUUUGAGUUAUUUAGCCAACGCUCUUAUACACACACACACACACACACACAUUUGUACCUUUAUAUUUGAGUUAUUUAGCCAACGCUCUUAUCCACACACACACACACACACAUUUGUACCUUUAUAUUUGAGUUAUUUAGCCAACGCUCUUAUACACACACACACACACACACACACAUUUGUACCUUUAUAUUUGAGUUAUUUAGCCAACGCUCUUAUCCACACACACACACACACACACACACACACACACAUUUGUACCUUUAUAUUUGAGUUAUUUAGCCAACGCUCUUAUACACACACACACACACACACACACACACACAUUUGUACCUUUAUAUUUGAGUUAUUUAGCCAACGCUCUUAUCCACACACACACACACACACACACAUUUGUACCUUUAUAUUUGAGUUAUUUAGCCAACGCUCUUAUCCACACACACACACACACACACACACACACACACACACACACACACACACACAUUUGUACCUUUAUAUUUGAGUUAUUUAGCCAACGCUCUUAUACACACACACACACACACACAUUUGUACCUUUAUAUUUGAGUUAUUUAGCCAACGCUCUUAUACACACACACACACACACACACAUUUGUACCUUUAUAUUUGAGUUAUUUAGCCAACGCUCUUAUACACACACACACACACACACACGGAGAGGUCUCUGAGGGCCCUCUGGUAUUCUCAUGCCGCUGUUAUUUCUUGCACUUCUUGUUGUACAAAAAUCUUUGAUCAUACUUCUGAUUCUCCCUCGUCUCUCUUUUAUUGACAAUCUGUGACCCUGUUUCUGUAAGAAUGAGUCGGUAAUGUAUUCGAAACUAGUAUUAUGUAAUUAUUGAACAUAAGUGAACAAACUCUGCACUAACCAUUGUUAUUACCAAGUCAUUACAUGGUAACGGGUAACAUUCAUGCUUUUAUUUUACAAUAAGGUUAAGAUGAAUGUGAGUGUGUUGUAAGGAUGUUUUUCCUAUUGAGAAGAUGGUAAUGACGUGUAUUGUUUAUCAUUAUUACAGUAAUCUAGUAGUUGGUCAAUAGAACAAUGGCAGUUUUAGUCUGUUUUAUUCAUAUUUUACAGGACUGAAAUUAGUAUAUUUUCUUAAAAAAUGCUAAUAUAACGAAUCAAUCAAUAAAAUUGUCUUAACUAAA